CGAUCCGAUUCCAAUCAGUCGCAGUUGCUUUUAGCGACUCUUCGAAGCUCCGAUCAAAAUCAUGCGCUUUGUGCCAAGUUUGAUCUAUAGCGCCAUUUUGGCCUCAAGUCUGGUCUCGGGAUCCUACAUCCCGCCCUAUAUUGAGGGCGUGCCCUUGACAAUGGUGGUGACAGCUUUGGAUCCUCCGGAUAUUCGCGAAGCUCCCUUGUAUAGAAUCGAAAUCGCCGUCGAGGAUGCUCAAGGCGAGAUCAUUUCGGGAAUGGUACACAGAACCUUUGCCGAGUUCAAAACUUUGGAUGAGGAGGUGGACCGGACAGUGUUGGGCGGAGUAGAGUUGGUUCUGCCUGAAGAGGAGUCUGCCUCACUCGAGAACCUCAACGACUACCUCCAAAUUGUGGCGGGGAAUGGGGAACUUAUGGCCUCGCACUUGGUCCAAGAUUUCAUGGGGAUCAACUGGAGUGGAACCGAUAUUGGAUUCAUGAACAAUUUCGAACAAUUCAUGGAGAUGCUGUUGCUCAAACGAGUGCCCCAUUUCAUGCCUGAGCCACCGGUUAUUGACGAGGAGGACUUUCUGGCGCCCGAAACGCCCUUCGAGGUCUACGUCUACUUUAUGGCCUUCAGACAUAACAAACUCCACACCGCCGAGUUCCUGGAGUUCUUUAGGAAAUACACUCAGAGUACGCCUUCCUUUGACGGUCCUCUGGAUGGAUCGGAUGUCUUGUUCCCUGGUGCGGCCCCGGUGGAUACGCCCUAUUUCUACAACCGAACUGCUGUCCAUUUCUUACCCGGGGGCUAUUUGAACGGACAAACCGUCAGGGUGUCUUAUUUGGGCAAGACCAAGUUCAGUUUCUUGGACGAGGACAGGAUCCGAGAAUGGGUGGACAAGCUCCAUGGAGACAAGAGUCCCAAGAGAAUAUUGGAUAUGGGUACGGGAAAUUGCUUCUCAGCCUUUGUUUUAGCUGAAAUGUACCCAGAGGCUCAAGUGAUCGGUGUGGACCUCUCAGCCCCUUACAUUCGAUUCUGCCGCAAAUGGUUGGCAGUUCGUGGGACUCCCAAUGUCGAGUUCUAUUAUGCCAACGGCGAGACUUUGGACUUUUUGGAAUCUGAGACCUUUGACUUCAUUAACUAUGCCUAUGUCCUCCACGAAAUGCCCGGAGAAAAUGCUAAGAUGAUCGUUGACGAGAUGGUGCGACUCCUGAAACCAGGCGGAACCCUCAAUGGAUUCGAAGUCCCCUACUUUGAGGAUCCCCUUCUGGCCGAGGCGUACUCCUUGUUGAAUACCUGGGGAUACAGUUGGGAUGCGGAUGGUAAUCAUGGACCUGAGCCGUUCAUACAUGAGUAUGAAUUUAACGCCAAGCUCCCCGAGUAUCUCAAUGAGGUUGGACUUCAAAAUGUCGAAAUUGUGCCUUAUUCCCUGUUUGAGAGCAUCUUUUUGGCUGAAAAGCCAGUCGUGUAAUAGAAGUCGAGGAUGGGAUGUUAAGCCCAACAGUUUCUUGUAGAAAUGCAUGAUGACGUGUCCUUGCAAUCUCACGAACAGACGCUA